AUGGUCCGAUAUCUGGCAAAUUUAGUUCUCUUUCGUCUGGUAUUCCCCCUCAUCAUAUUAAUAUGUCUCUUAUUCCGACCGUCGCUCUUUUCCUUCAUUUAUUUGUUGUUUAUGUUAAUUAUACCGUUCGUACCUGUGCCAACUCCGGAAACAAUAGUCGGUUCUACGGGGAAUUUUUUGAAAGGGAUUUUCGGCAUAACUUGCAUCCAGUUGGUCUUGCAAGCGUCCUUUCAAAUAGCCCUAGUUUGCAUGUCACCGUAUGCAGAACUCUUUAUGCAUCAUCCGUUAAUAGAAGUAAUUUUUCGAUAUGUAGGAAUAGUAAGACUGGAUAAUCUAUCAGUAACGUACAUUUUAAUAUGGAUAGGGCCGGAGAUAAUAAUGUUCGUCGCCACAUUGGCCUUUUUGAUAACUUUUAAGAAACUAAAUACCAAUGACAGUCUCAUUGUGCGAAGCGAAGCCGGAACGAUUCGAAUAGAAGAUAGAAAUGAAGUCGGCUCGCAGGUUACUUUGGGCCCCAAGGCGCAAAAUACUGAUUACACGCAGUAUUUCGUUGCUUUUGGUCGAUACUUGAUAUUAUUAAUGCUGUGUCUGGCCGGAGUCGUUAGACCUUCCAUCGAAGCGGGAAUAUACUAUCUGUUCUUUUUGGCUAUAGCCUCGUGGUGGGCAAGUUACAAGCAACUUAAAAGAGGAUUCGCCAAAGUUCUUAGGUGCCUUAUACCUUUAGUAGUGUUGCAUUUGAUUGCGCUGUACGUGAUUAAUUUUAAAAUCGUCCAAGAACAAAUACCCGAAGACGGACGCUACUCGAGAUAUUUCGAUUUACUGCCAUUCGUAACGGACGUAAGUAACGCGAAUGCAACGUAUCGUGCAGGGAAUCCAUCUAUGUUUCACUCUAAUCCGAUCGAAUAUACAUUGAAAAAUGAAUCUACAUUGGAGGCGCCUUCAAUUGGAAAUAACAGCACCGACGUUUCUUCCUUUGAGAUCCAACCUUUCGAGACUUCUACUGAUCCAAGGAUUUUUCUGUUUUAUUUCCAUAGGGACAUUACGUUUUACAUAUACCCUGCCAUACUGUAUAUGCUGUAUUUCCUUUUAGUUCUGGAGAGCAAGGAACUGUUGAAACCUGAGCAAAAGAAGCAAGGAAGUUCGUUUUCUCAAAUUGAAGAAAAAUUGACUCGUUCCAUGUCGAGGAGAUUGUCCAAAAAAAAGCUUUUAACACCGACGGCCGCUCAAAAAUGGCAGAAAGCUUCUCGUAAAGUUCGAUUGCUCAGAGGCGUCAGUCCCAAACGUCGAAAUAAAACCCCCAACAGGUCAUCCCUGCACCAAGACUCCACCGGCAGCGUUACCGUGAAUGAAAACGAGGACAUACAAAUGGAAAUCUUCGAGGACGAAGAGGACUACGAUUUGACGUUUUUCCACAACGUUAUUUUCGCUCUAGAAGCUAUCAUACAGAAAGUUGUUCGUUCGUCUUAUAUCGCUACAAAUAUUAUCAUGAUGGCGUGGAGUAUAACCUACUUGAGUUGGUUAACCUUCGUGCUACUGCUUUGGGCGAACAUCAUCUGGUUAAUACCCAAUCAGCGGAAACGCAUGUUGACUUCGAGCCCUUUUCUCGUACUGUAUGCCCUUUUCCUUCUAAUAUCCGCUUAUAUUUACUCGAUAAACCUAACGGAGGAGGAGUUACCUUCGAUGGCACAAGGCGUGGAUUUGAAGGAAAUAGGUUUCAAGAAACCCGAGGGCCCGCCUUGCAUUCCUCUGCUGGUGAAAUCGUUGUACACUGUGAUGUUUUGGAUCACGCUCAGGCAGUACACGCAGGAGGAGUUGGAGAAGAGACAGACCAGCGCUUUGGCGGAUAUGGUGGCUCCCUUACAGGUUACUGUAGGUGCUGCAGGUGUUAAGAAGGAGCAAGAGACGUCCGGCAGCGAAUUAAUGGCGAAAAUUGGGAAAUUUAUACACAAAUUUUUAAUCAAAUUUUGGAUAUGGGUCGUGGCUAUUACUUUAUUCGCAGUCGCCAUAACGGGCCAGCGAAUGACGGUCUUUAGGAUUUUAUACAUGGCGCUAUUUUUAUUUUUCAUUUUAUCGUUUCAAUUUUCCUUUAAAGUCUGGAGGAAAGUUAUGUUCGGAUUUUUAUUAACCGUCAUCAUUUAUUCGAUGAUAAUAUUAAUUUUAAUUUAUACCUAUCAAUUCGAUAAGUUCCCGGAUUAUUGGACGGAUUAUCUUCAUAUACAAAUAGAACAGCAACACGACAUAGGCUUGGAGCAGUAUCAAACGAAGCAACUAUUCGUACGACUAGUUACGCCUACGUUCUUUGUAAUCGUAACUGUAUUGCAAUUGCAUUAUUUCCAUAACGAUUUUAUGGAAUUGACCGAUAUGAAACGUCGUUCUCUCGCUUCGGACAAUACGAAUAGAGAGACGGAAAAUAACGAAGACGUCGAUGACAGCUCUUUGCAAGGAGGAGCUUUUUUGGAUAGAAGCGACAUGUCCGCUCCCUCGAAAUAUUACACUGACGUUUCUUUCUACGAUCUUGACGUGAUACCAUCGGAAGUGUUCAAAAAAUGGUUGAAAAAGAUUAUAUCAGUUCUCGUAUACACCAAACAUAUCAUCUACCUAUUUUUGGAAAUCCACAUGCUGAAAAUCGUACUGUUCUUCGCGAUGUUGAUGAGCGUUUACGACAAAUGCGCUCUUUACAUCAUAAUCGUAUUACUUUUAUCGAUAGCCUUUACGUGCGGCAGGAAUUGCCAAAUUUUCGUUGCCUACUUCACGUCCCUGUUCGUUUCUCUGCUGAUUUUGUUGCGUAUGAUAUAUCAAAUAUCGUACAUCGAUAGCACAAAAUGGAACGUUACCUGCACUGCUACUAUAAAUCCCAAUGUCAACGAUACGGUCGUCAAUAACGGCCCGUGGUUGGGCUUCGAUAAACUCCACGAAACCGAGGAAAAUUUGCCGGAGUUGGUGAAAUGGAAUAUAAUAUUCAUAGUGGUGAUGACUCUGUGGAAAGUCGUCGAAGUGAGACAGUACAAUUACCGUUUAUCUAGAGGACGCCCGACCACCAAAAGGUACUUCAUGUUCCCGAAGACGACUAGAGAGGAUGCAGACAAAAGUUUGAGUGACUUUUUCAAGUACAUGGCGAAUUUCGGCUUUUACAAAUUCGGGUUGGAGAUUAGUUUCAUACUCGUUGUGAUGCUAAUUGGAGUCAGGAUGGAUUUGUAUUCGUUGAUUCACAGUAUAUGGCUUUUAGCAAUGUUUGGUUUAGCAAGACAAACAUUAUCCAGACUUUGGCCCGUUUAUUUAAUAUUCAUAGCCUUUUCGAUACCAUUCCAAUAUUUCAUGGCCAUUGGUUUACCACCGAGUUUAUGUAUAGAAUUCCCUUGGGAUAAUCCUACUCAAACGAUGAAAAACUUGCAAGAUUGGGCCUUCCUUCUCGACACCUAUACACCUCCGAUAGUCGAAAAACUCGUCUUCGAUUUUCUGUUGCUCGUCGGCGUGUCGCGCCAAUGGUUGGUAUUUAGAAUAGAAAAACGUUACGAGGGACAGAAUUAUGCCGGUGGAUCCAACGAAAGUAUAAUCCACAAUGCCGAAGAAAAGGAUUUCGUCAAUCCCGUGCCAGAUUUCAUUACAUACGUCAGAUCUUAUUUAGAUAUAGCCAAAAAAGCAGUUCUACAAAGUUUCUUAUGGGUAACGUUGGCUGUAGUAUUCUUAGCGGGUACUUCUCGCGUAAACAUAUUCUCAAUCGGCUACUUACUGUUUGCGUUCCUCUUUUUAUGGCACGGUUCCGAUUUUUACCUGAGACCUAUACACAAAAUUCUAUUUUACUGGAACAGACUGCUCGGCUUCAACGUGACGGUGAUACUCUGCAAAUGCAUCUUCCAAAUUCUAGGAUGCAUAUUUCCGCACGAAAUUUCCUUGUCUUACUGUUGGCUGAUUCAAAUAUUCGGCAUCACUUGCGUCAAAAACUUUGUUCACCACAAGAACUUGCUGAACUUAGCCGAAGACGAUGUGGAUAACGUUUGCAGCAUAGCGAAAGACGGCCUAACGUGGGACGUGAUUUGUUUCACGCUGUUGAUUUUCCAAAAGCGCCUGUUCAACAGCUACAACUUCUUCCAUAUCGCCGACGAUGCCAAAGCUACUGCUAUAUUGGCCUCUAGAGGAGCUGAACUGAUGGAGGAAAUGCGAACGAAGACGAUGAAGGAUCAGGAAGAGACGGAACGGAGGGUGCUCGAAAAAAUAAGGGAAAAAAUGGAACGGAUUAAAGCGAAUCAGCAGAAAAUACAAGAGUCCAGCUUUAGUGGUAGGCCACGCUAUCGUAGCCACACACCAAGAACACACCCGGCCGCUGUUCGUUCGGGAGAUUACUACAUGUUCGAUGAAAUUGAAAAUGACGACAUAGAUCUUUUACCUGAAGAGAAAGAGUCAAUCGACGAACUCGAUGAAGGACCAACGCCUUACCUGGCUGAUAUAGCAGAGCAAGAACCGAAAAGCGUUAGAAUACAAGACGAUGCCGAGCCGAGCACUAGCCAACAACCUGAUGAAGAUUUUAGUUCGUUUACUGAAACUGAAAAGAGAAAGCCAUUACAGAAAAUAUUCGCCUGUUUACUCUUCCUAUGGGCGUUUAUCGACGGUGCUAUGGUCAGUUUGACGCGGUAUUUGAACAAGUAUUCUCGAAACUACAGAUUGAUUUUGAAAAUAUUGUCAAAGGAGAAACGAAUUCUGAAGGAACAAACUGAUUAUAAUAUCGGUAUUCGAACGGGAAAAGAGCAGAUAUGGCAUCCAGCGGGAUCAUUCCAUACCCUUGUCAGGCAUUCAAAGCCAAACUCGAUCCGCAGCUGCGUGAGCGAGGAGGAGAAACCGCCGUUGAGCGAAGACAGCGAUACUAAAGCGGUGGCACCGUCGUUACCGUGCUCGCCAGAAGUGGAUAGGCGCAAGGCCAGCGUUUUGACAGUACCGGAAAUUCGAAUUUUGGCCGCAAGCUUGGAACGUGGAUUAGAUUCUCCAUGUUCGCCAUGUUCAUCCAGGAAAUCCGAGGAUCCAGAGGGCAACGAGGGCAACGCCUACCUGGAGUACGGUGACGAAAUGUCAUCAGUGGACCAACCCACCUUCUUCCGGCUCGUUCUGGCCAUAUGGUACCUGAUAAUGAGCAGAUCCGAAAUCGUAUGCUACUUCGUCAUAUUCAUGAAUCAAAUGCGAAACGCCAAUUUGAUUUCGCUGCCGCUACCUCUGAUGGUCUUCUUCUGGGGAUCCCUGACCAUACCGAGACCGUCGAAGACCUUCUGGGUGACUAUAAUCGCCUACACGGAGGUGGUGGUGCUUUUGAAAUGCCUAUUCCAAUUCGACAUCAUGCCCGGGAACAAAGUCAGAGCACAAACUGAGUUUAUAACAUCGGUGACGGCGCAGAACCCGUUCUAUCCGCCUGUUUUGAUCGGGUUACACAAGCAGGAUAGCGUGCAGGCUAUGUGGGAUCUUCUAUUAUUAUUGGUUGUAUUUUUCCACAGGGUUCUAUUGAAAUCAAUGGGCAUUUGGAGUUCCUCUGCUCCUGUUUCGACAGUUCUUCUUGAAGACGGCCAGUACAAAGUUGUUGGCGAAAAUUUUAUAGCACUAGAAAACGAAAUCGAUGAAGAAAGUGAAGAUGAAGAUGAAGAAGAACCAUCUAAUGCUGUGAGCAAACGAAAAACUGAUAAUUUGCCCAUUAAUGAAAAUCAAGAUGAUGUGGUUGUGAUUAAGAGUAGGAGAUUAAGUAAAAUUCACAAUGCCAUUUCAACAGUCCGUAUGGGCAUGACCAAAUACGCUGAACAUAUGAGGUUGUUCAUUCAACAAUUACUAGAUCCUACAUCUCGUGUAACGGCCGAUGUUUAUUCUCUGAUGUUUUUGUGCGAUUUCGUCAAUUUCUUUGUUAUUCUUUUUGGAUAUUCGGCUUUUGGGUCCCAACAAGACGGAGAUGUAUCGUCUUAUUUAGAAGACGAUCGAGUACCACCUCUCUUCCUAUUCAUGCUAAUACUUCAAUUCACGAUGAUAAUAGUGGACAGAGGAAUUUACUUAAGGAAAAACAUAUUAGCGAAAAUAAUAUUCCAAUUUACCCAAAUCAUCGUGCUCCAUAUUUGGCUGUUCCUAUUAUUCCCCAUAAUAACUCGAAAAUAUUGCAACAGUCUUAUACCUCCACAAAUCUACUAUAUUUCGAAAUGCAUCUACCUCUUGUUGUCGGCUUAUCAAAUCAGGUGCGGUUACCCGACCAGAAUUUUAGGAAACUUCCUGUGCAAAGGUUACGGUUACGUUAACAUGUUCCUCUUCAAAGGAUUCAUGCUCGUACCGUUCCUAUUCGAGCUGAGAACGUGCAUGGACUGGAUGUGGACGGAAACAUCGAUGACGAUUUUCGAUUGGAUUAAAAUGGAGGAUAUCUAUCAAAAUAUUUUCUUAUUGAAGUGUUCAAGAGAAGUGGAAGACGAGUUUCCCCAACCCAGAGCAGAAAAGAAGAAACCGCUGUCCAAAUAUAUGAUGGGAGGCGCUUUGUUAGCCUUAAUCAUCGCUAUUAUUUGGUUCCCAUUAGUUUUCUUUUCGUUAGGAAACGCCGUGGGUAAUCCGAACCCUCCGAUAGAUGUUACUUUGGAAGUUCGAAUUGGACCUUACGAAUCCUUGUACAAGAUGAGUGCUCAGUCAAACAGCUCUAUAAUACAAUUUACACCAAACGAAAUGGAAGAAUUCAGAUCAUUGUACAACGCUUACGCGGUUUCUGAAAACUUUAUGUACAAUUACGAAGCGGCAGACGUGGCUGCUAUAAAGCUGAGCACGGAUUCAGCGAAUACCUGGGGUAUUUCACCACCGGAUAGGAAACGGUUAAUAACAGAAGUUAUGUCGGAUAAACCGCUACCGUUUAGAAUGGAGUUUAAAAUAACGCACAAAACGAGCAAAGCCGAAGAUUCCGGUAUAAUAAUAAACGGCGUUGAUAGUAAAAUAUAUCCCAACACGCCGGCUAGAGAGAACCUGUUGAAGAUGCUGCAACACCAAGGAAACGUGCAGUCGGUUGAAUUAAAAUACAUUUUACCUAAGUUUAUUAAAGUUACGAACAGAGGAACGGCUAAUCCUAUAGAUGUUCUGAUGUUGGAAAAACCGGAUCCCGAAGCCAAAACAUACAGAAACAUAACAAUAAACUUAUCUACCGAAUCCGAUGCAGGGUUGAAACAAGAAUGGUGGAAAAUCAAAGAAGAAUGCAGCGAUUACAAUUACUUAAACUUCCUCAACAAGAUCACCCAUAACGAUUGCGAGAAUUACAUUAUCCUGUACUGCUUCAACGAUAAGGUGUUCCCCCCAACCUUAAGUUUCUUAACAGCAGGAGGUAUAAUCGGUCUUUACACCACUAUCGUUUUCGUGGCGUCUCGCUUUCUCCGCGGCUUCUUCGCCGACGGUUUUCCUAAAAUCAUGUUCGAGGAUCUGCCGAACGUGGAUCGCGUGCUGCGCCUCUGCCUGGACAUUUACCUGGUGCGCGAGGCCGCCGAAUUCGGCCUCGAAGAGGACCUCUUCGCCAAGCUGGUGUUCUUGUACAGGUCUCCGGAGACGCUGAUCAAGUGGACGCGGCCGAAGGAGGAGGUCGCCGACGACGACGAUCCCGAGGGCGAGGGUGCCGGAGCGGCGAAUUAA